AUGGCUGACGAGAAAUUUCAUGAAAGUGAAGCCAUCGCUGGAAAAAAAUCAAACUUUUGUACAACAAAUAAAUGUAGCUUUAUUUUGUUGGUGAUCAUUGCAGCAGCUGUUGCUGCAUGUUGUGUUAUCAUAUUUACCGACAAAGAGUUAAGGACUAAACGUCAAUAUGAUCCUUCAGAUUUGGAAUGGUGGAAGAAAACAAUAGUAUACCAAAUAUAUCCUAGAUCAUUCAAAGACUCUAAUGGGGAUGGCAUAGGUGAUUUAAAAGGUAUAACUGGCAAGUUAGACCACCUUACAUAUCUUGGUGUCGGAGCAAUAUGGAUCAGUCCAUUCUACAAGUCACCGAUGCGUGACUAUGGUUAUGAUGUCCAGAACUACGUAGAAAUAGAUCCAAUGUUUGGCACUAUGGAUGAUUUUGAUGAACUCAUGAAAGAGGCAAAAAAGAAGGAUAUAAAAGUUAUUCUAGAUUUUGUACCAAAUCAUACAAGUAAUGAUAGUGAAUGGUUUCAGAAGUCUAGACAAAUGGAUACGGAAUACAAAGAUUAUUAUGUAUGGAGCAAUGGGAAAUUAAAUAAACAAACAGGCAAAUAUGACGGUCCUCCUAAUAACUGGAGAAGUGUAUUUGGAGGCUCUGCUUGGACAUACGAUGACCAACGUGGUCAGUAUUACUACCACGCUUUCUUAGAGACACAGCCUGACCUCAACUACAGAAACCCCAAGGUUUUAAAAGAACUAAAAAAUGCCAUGACAUUUUGGUUAGAUAAAGGAGUGUCAGGUUUCAGAAUAGAUGCAUUCAAAUUUGCAUUCGAGUCAAAGAAUUUAUCCUUAAACGAAGACCUACCGCAAUUCAAGCCUAAUGAACUUGCUAAGUGGUCAGAUGAGCAGCCUCACAACUAUACAAAUAACUUACCAGAACUUUAUCAGAUCAUAAAAGACUGGAGGAAAAUGUUUGAGACGUACAGAGAAAAAGAUGCUAUAUCCAGGUUUAUGUCGGUCGAGUCCACUGGAAUAACACAGGAUAUUCGAGACCAAUAUUAUCAAGCCGGAUCGGUACCAUUCAACUUUGACCUCAUCAGCAGUCUGAAAAGUAACUGCAAUGGUUUAUGUUUUAAAAAAAUAAUAGAACGAGGCAUUAAAGAUCUUUCCGAAGAUGCUUGGCCAAAUUUUGUGAUGGGAAACCAUGACAACCAUCGGGUAGCCAGUCGAAUGGGUCUUGACAUGAUUGACGUGAUGAACAUGCUACUUUUAACGUUACCAGGGACACCGACAUGUUACUAUGGUGAUGAAAUAGGGAUGGUCGAUGUUAAUUAUACCUUUGCAGAAUCUAAGGACCCUGCUGGACUGAAUUUCGGACAGGAUUAUUGGAGAUAUAGUAGAGAUCCAGAAAGAUCACCGAUGCAAUGGAACAACAACUUAAACGCUGGUUUCUCCACAGGUAGACCUUGGCUAAGAGUUAGUCCUGAUUAUUCUUCUAAAAAUGUAAAGAUGCAGAAAGAAUCGAACAGAAAUACUCAUAUUCAAGUUUUCAAGAAGGUAGCAGAAAUCAGAAAGCUUCCUUCUUUCCAACAUGCUGACAUCCAAUUUUCAGUAACAAAUGAAAACUUUUUAUCAUAUGUAAGACAAGCUGAAGGACGUCCAAAAUAUUUAGUAAUAAUGAAUGUAGGGCUUAUUAAAAAUGCAGUAUCGAAAGCAGACUUCACUAAAGAACCAGUCGGGUCAUCAACAGGUCAAGUUGUGGCCAUGACAGGAACAAUAAACGUCGCUUUGGGCUCGGAAUUAAACCUAAAGGAAGUGUCUUUGAAAAGAGGACAAGGACUUAUAAUCAGAGUGUAUCACUGAUGACACAGAAUAACUAAUUAUAAGUCAUUAAGUAGUACAAAAUUGAUAACUAAAAAACGUGUUGAAUUUAUAUCAACAAAGAUCACGUAAUCAAUCGAUUAAACAAUAAUUUAAAAAAAAAACGUUAACUUCAUACCAAAGUACUAAAAAAAUGUAUGAGUGAUACUAAAAUGUAUUUAUAAGACAGUUUCUAUAAUCAGGAAGUAGCUUUUUGUCCCUUAUUUUACAAAAGAAAAUAUCUUGGGAAAUAUGCUUUUUUUUUUAUUUAAGAAAAUUACACAUGUCUCAUAUGGAAGGCAAAUGCAAAAUAAGGAUAUGUGUAUGAUUGGCAAUUAGAAAAAUAUCCGUCAGAGACUUUCAGUACGUAGAUUUAAGCAUCUUUGGUUCACCAUAUAACCUUCGACAAAGAGUAAACCUCAGACCGUAUUGUAAUAUUGUUCAUCUGUCAUUAUGAUUUUCAGAAUUAGUGCUUUGAUAGCUAAAUGUAUUUGUUGUGAUAAAUAAAAUUUGAAUAUAAUAACUUGCGAUUA